GCUGUGGUUAGAGCACUUGGAGAGAGAGAGAGAGAGAGAGAGAGAGAGACAUACACACAUCAGACAAGACUAAGAACAUGCUCCCCCUGCUUCUCCUGUGGGGGUCUCUCCUCUUUGGAGUGGUCAGUUCCAGCCCAACCCCAAGGAUGCUUUUCGGGGAGAUCACAUCCCCCAAUUACCCCAACCCAUACCCCAACAACAACAUCAGCACCUGGGACAUUACAGUCCCAAAGGGCUUUGUGGUGGAGUUGGACUUCUGGCAGUUCGACCUGCAGCCAUCUGAGUCCUGCCUCUCUGACUACGUCAAGAUCACAGCAGAUAAGAAAGACCUGGGCCAGUAUUGUGGCCAGCUAGGCUCAGCGACAGGCAACCACCCAGGAGUCAGGGAGUUUGUGUCCAAAGGGAACCAGAUGAGGCUGAUGUUCCACUCUGACUUCUCCAACGAGGAGAACGGCACCCUUAUCCCCUACAUGGGCUUCCUGGCCUAUUACCAAGCUGUGGGAAUCCAGUGCCCACAGCCUGUGCCAAGGGACCAGUUCACCCUCAUCAAAGACUUGCAGCCCCUGUACCGAUUUCAUGACUAUGUCAAUGUCAGCUGCCAGACUGGGUAUGAACUGAUGGAGGGUGACCAGAAGUUGGCAUCCUUCAGCGCUGUCUGCCAGGAUGAUGGGACUUGGCACCGACCCAUGCCCCGGUGUGAAAUUGUGAGCUGUGGUGACCCCAAAAAUCUCACCAACGGGGCCUUCAAUUAUGUUAGCGAACACGGGAACAACAACUACCAGUCAGUGAUCACCUACCGGUGUGAGGAGCCUUAUUACCACAUAGUCAAAGGGAGUGAUACAUACAACUGCUCUGCUCAGGGCUCCUGGGCUGACCAAGAUGGCCAUGAGGACAUCCCAGUGUGUUUACCAGUGUGUGGGAAGCCAGACAAACCCAUCACUGGAAUCCAGCGGAUCAUCGGUGGCAGCACAGCACCGCCGGGAAGCUUCCCAUGGCAGGCAAAGACACACAUCUUUGGGCUCGGGGGUGGGGCGCUGCUGGGUGACCGCUGGAUCCUGACAGCUGCUCACACCAUCUACCCCAAGAAACACAGCUCAGUGACAGGGAUAGGUGGGAGGAUGAGCCUUGCUGAGGUGGCUAAGAAGAUCGAAGUGUUCCUUGGCCACACGGAGGUGAAUAAGAUCCACGAGCUGGGUAACCACCCCAUCCGCAACGUGUCUGUGCAUCCCGACUAUGACCAUGAUGAUGAGAACAACUUCAAUGGGGACAUUGCACUGAUUGAACUGCGGGACCCAGUGCCACUGGGCCCUGACCUGCUGCCUGUCUGCCUCCCAGAUGCUAGUAACAGCACUUUCUAUGCCAAAGGAUACACGGGCUACGUGAGCGGCUUUGGGGUGGAGAAAAAUUUUCUCGCAGACCGACUGAAAUAUGUAUCACUGCCAGUGGGUGACCAGACAGCCUGCAAGAAAUGGCUGCAGGGAAAGGAGGUCAGUGGGAAGGCCAUGGUGUUCAAUGAGAACAUGUUCUGUGCUGGCUCGCCCAGUGGGGGGAAAGAUACCUGCCAGGGGGACAGUGGGAGUGUCUUCACGGUGCAGGAUUCAGAGAGCGAGCGCUGGAUAGCCACCGGGAUUGUCUCCUGGGGCAUCGGCUGUCACAAGAGCUAUGGCUUCUACACCAAGGUCAUCAACUACCUGGACUGGAUCAAAGAGAUAACAGGGAUGUAGAGGCUCUGAAUGCCACUACCCUAUUGGCUGAAGGCUCAGUGAUGUCACAUAGGUAUCCAGACACCCACACAUCAUUGG